GCAAUUCUCUCAGGUGUUUCGCGUUAGAGCUGAUGGUCGCGCUGCCAUCUUGGGGAAUUGUUAACGGAGGGAAAAGGCUGACAGUAGAAUGGAAAUGCUAACGGCGGGAAAUGCUAACGGAGGAGAAGUGCGAGCUGAUGGAUCGCAGAAAAAAUCCGGCCCCCGUUGUGAUAUAAGAUUGCGACUGCCAGCUCUGUUCCGCGGUGUUCCGCGUGGUUCCGUGGUGUUCCCCGCUAAGCUGCGAGACCGCGCGACACGGGAGGUGGAGGGGGAGGAGGAGGGGGAGGGUGGGGAGGAGGAGGAGGAGGAGGAGAAGGAGGAGGAGGCGACGAGGCCUGAUAACAAGAGGCCAAGGGGAGAAAGCAGAUUAGUGGGUUGGCGUUUUAGCGGAACUGGAGAUCCGAGAGCAAUAAGGGGGAGAGAGAAGAUGGCAGGAAGCUUCUUGCUCUCCCUUGUCCUCUUCCUCCAUCUCUUUGAACUCCCUGGUCAUGCUCGUGCUUACGAAGAACACGCUGCUGCUGGUGCUGCUGCUGGCUGCAGUACUCUGAGUCGCGACGGCCUGUGUGGAGGAGGAGGAGGAGGAGGAGGAGGAGGAGGUGAAAGAGACGGAAACCUGCACGAGAAGACGGGGGGUAAUGAAUUGCCGACCCAUCCGCGACCGCUGAUUCAUUCUGUAUCAUCAUGGAAAGUUCCUGGUGCAUCGGUUGACUCUGAACCGUUGAUCUUUGAUGGGGGAUCAUCCGGCGAUCCUGGAGGAGGAUCCUUGAUUGGUCAUCGUUGGCCCGGAUCGUCGAGCAGUCGCGGAUCAUUCGACGAUGAAUCCUCGUCGAAAGAUCGCAUAUCGAACGAUGAAUCAUCGGCGAACGAUGCAGAUCCUGAGGACGAAUCAUCGUGGAAUGAUCCUGGCUCUGCUCGUGCAUCGUCGUUGAUUUACGCUGAUGAAUCUCGUCGUAGAUCGUCGAUUGAUGCACGAUCACGGGUAGGAACCGUCGUUCAAGAAGAUGUUCUUCACCCGCGUUCUGCAGGGGUGGCAGUCGGAGAAGAGCCAACUGAUGACGAGAAGCAGCGGCUCAGACUACAACCAAGAAGAGAGGAAGUUGGGACGAUUGGGAGAGGAGGAGGAGGAGGAGGAGGAGCAGGACGCGCGGCGGGGGCAAUUCAAGUGGGUGAUGCGGUGGCGGGCGGUGACGUGACCCGCAUCCCCGGAACCGAUUUGCUGCGCCAAGAGAAGAUCGAGCGGGAGGGCGAACCAGAGUAUCACUCUCAUUCGGGCAUGCUUGAGGGUGCUGCUGUCUCUUCUGAUGACCGCUUCACAAGGGUGGGCAUUGUCGACGCUCAGUCUGCGACGAAGCAACAGCAUCAGCAGCAAGAGGAGGAGGAGGAGGAGGAGGAGGAGAAGCAGAAGGGUGCUGCUGUGACAGUCUCUUCUGAAGGGGGUUCGAGAGAGAUGGUCAUCGCCGAGGUUCAGUCUGAGAUGGAGCAGCAGCAACAGCAGCAGCAGCAGCAGCAGCAGCAGGAGGAGGAGGAGGAGGAGGAGGAGGAGGAGGAGGAGGAGGAGAAGGGCGCUGUUGGGAGAGUCUCUCCUGAAGAUGUUUCUAGCGGAAUGGUUGUUGCCUAUAUUCAGUCUGAGUCUGAGCAGCAGCAGGAGCAGGAGGAGGAGGAGGAGAAGGUGGAGGAGAAAGAGCAGCAGGAGCAGGAAAAGGGUGCUGCUGCUGUGACAGGCUUUUUAGAAGAGGGUUCCAAAGGUAUUGUGCCUCCCGAGAUUCGGUCAGAGUCGAAGCAGCAGCAGCAGCAGCAGCAGCAGCAGCAGCAGCAGCAGCAGCAGGAGGAGGAGGAGGAGGAGGAGAAGGAGGAGGAGGAGGAGGAAGAGGAGCAGAAGAAGGGUGCUGCUGUGACAGUCUCUUCUGAAGAUGUUUCCCGAGGUAUGUUCGUUGGCGAGAUUCAAUCCGACUCGGAGCAGCAGCAGCAGCGGCAGAAGGAGGAGGAGGUGGAGGUGGAGGUGGAGGAGAAGGAAGAGGAGGAGAAGGAGGAAGAGGAGCAGAAGAAGGGUGCUACUGCGACAGUCUCUUCUGAAGAUGUUUCCCGAGGUAUGGUCGUUGGCGAGAGUCAAUCCGACUCGGAGGAGCAGCAGCAGCGGCAGAAGGAGGAGGAGGUGGAGGUGGAGGUGGAGGAGAAGGAAGAGGAGGAGAAGGAGGAAGAGGAGCAGAAGAAGGGUGCUGCUGUGACAGUCUCUUCUGAAGAUGUUUUCCGAGGUAUGGUCGUUGGCGAGAUUCAAUCCGACUCGGAGCAGCAGCGGCAGAAGGAGGAGGAGGAGGUGGAGGUGGAGGAGGAGGGGGGCGGGGAGGGGGAGGAGCAGGUGCAGCAGCAGAAAGGAGGGAAUGAGGAGGACGGCGAGGAGAUGAUAAUGGACAGUGACAAGAAGAGGAAGAGCAGUAGCAGCGAACGACGACGGCGCAGAAGGCGGCAUGGUGGGCCUUCUUCUGCAGAAAAUGCAGGUGCUAUUAUUAACACGACGGAAGAGUUGAUAUCAACGCAAGUGAUGCCGGAGGAGGAGAAGAGGGAAGAGAAGGGAGGUGUGGGUGAGGGAAUGGGUUUCAAGAAACGACAAGCAGAUGCCACGUGGAUGGAUGACGCAAGUGAUGACGUGGAUGGAGGACAAGCGACGGCAAAGCAUGAGCAGCAGCUGGAUAUGGAGGCGGUAGAGAUGGUGGACGAGAGACGGGAAGGAGAAGCGAGGCCGCGAGCAGAAGAGGAGGAGGAGCUCAGUGCAGUAUCGCUAUCGCUUCACAACACCCUUCGUCUCACCACCUCGGCCGAUCCCGACUCCCAACUGCGAAGCAUUCUCUCCCAUCACGAAUCACCUCCCUCCCUCUCCCAACUCUCUCUCAUGCAAAUCACUAAACCCCUUUCAGAACAAUCCACUACGACUCCCACCACCUCUUCUCUUCCCUCUUUGUCCUCCUCCUCCUCCUUCUCCUCCUCCACCUCCACCUCCACUUCCACCUCCACCUCCACCUCCUCCGUACCCACUGUCUCUCUAUCGUCCAACUCCUCCCUCCCCAUUCUCCAGCAACAGCAUUCCUCUCCCAACGACGCGCCUUCUGAUUCACCUCCACCCAUCAUCGUCAACAACUCCAAAACUUUUCUUCCCUCGAUUUCUAAUCACUCUUAUCGGGAUCCCGAAGGACCUCGACAUGUUAAGUCGCACGAUGAUCCGACGGUCGGGAUGGAAACCGAAAAAGUGGAUAUUCUCCGGAUCAGCAGCCAAGAUCCCGACAUCAUUUCGGUUCAUCCCAUAACCGAUCUUUCUGUUUCGCCGCUUGUUAACCCCUCCACGAACCCGCAACAUCCCUCCUCCUCCUCCUCCUCCUCCUCCUCCUCGUCUUCCUCUUCCGCCACCAUGGCAUCGUCCAUACCCUUGAUGUUUUCAUCUUCAUUGCCAUCUACAUCGUCAACAGCUAAACAGCUCGGCGCGCUUCAUAUCGCUUUGGGCGCCGGUGAUGAGAACAGCCUGGACGGUCAUGAUUUCGAACGCCACUCCUCCUCCAUCGCCACCUCCUCUUCCUCCGGCUCCUCCGCGUCCUCCUCCUCUGUUAUUCUCUCGUCGUUAGGAGGGUCGAGCUCUCUUAUUCAAUCUGAGGUUCCGCCUUUGAAUGACUCUGAUGUUGCGAUCCGCGAGCUCUGGUCGAUUGAGGAGGAAAGGGUUGGGUCUGGGAAUGAUGAUCAUGCUGCUUCGAUAGAAGAGCGUCCACUGACACUUCUCCUCGAGAGGCGGCUGUCUCGACCGCCCAUCGACAGCAGCAGCGAAUCGUCGCCGUUGAUUAGUAGAGGCAGCAAGAUGAUUGGUACUUAUCCUUCUACGGGUGGAGAUGAGGAUGAUGAUGAUUCGCGGAAGAUGCGGAGGAGUAUCAUCGAUGGCGUCGAGCUCUUCUCUCUCGCGUCUGCUGUCCCGACUGCAGAUGCGCGGGAGACGAAGGGAAACGGGGAGGGAAAGACGGCAGAAAGAGGAGGAGGAGCCGAUGACGAUGGAGGUGGUGCAGAAGUAGGUGGAGAAGUAGGUGGUAUAUCAUCAUCGCCUUCCCAAUCUGUGUCUCAAGGAUUGCCGCAUACGCCGGCUCGUGCCAGCCAAUCCAUGGGGUCGGCUGGCUUAAUCAUCAUCUCCUCCUCGUCGUCCUCGUCCGGUGCCAAAUCAGCAGCUGUGGGAAGGAGAUCAAAAAAAUUGGGCGCCGACGACGAUGGUGGUGCGCGUGUUGGUCAUGAUAAUAGUGACCGUCACGACGCGUUGCAGCCAGCUCAGCAGGGAUCGGGAUCGCCAGCAGAUGUGAUUAGGCAAUCGACGCAGAGGAAGAGCCAAGCAGAGUCGGGGUCGGGUGCUGAGCUGUCAUCGUCGCUAUCUAGUCCUCGUCGGAAUUCCGCUCGUUUGCCCGAGAAGAACGAAACGCUGACAACCUGGCCUUUGGUCAAAGAUGGCCAAACGCCGAAGACGCCGCAUCCGUUCAAUGAGCCGAUGGGGGGAGAGUCGGCGCUGGCGAAUGAGGAGGGAGAAAAGGCGGGAGAGGAGAGGAUGAUGGAAUCUUCUUCGUCAUUUCCAUAUCGAUCUACAUCUCCAUCCCCGUGGAAGAGCAUCGGUGACCUAUCAACCCCCUCCGCCGUCUCGUCGCAUACGGCCUCGGAUGCUCCAUUGGUGUCAUCAUCUAAUCAGUCCGCGCGGCGGGAUGCAACAGCAGGAGGCCGUUCGGGAGGAGGCUUACCCCCCAGAUCGCCACCCGCUACGGAACGCAGCGAUGGGGAGCAGGACAAACAGGAGGGGGAGGGGGAGGCGGAGGCGGAGGCGGAGGGAAUCGAAUCGUCAGAAAAUCACGCAGGGUUAUCCUCAUCCUCAUCCUCAUCCUCGCCUUCAUUAUUGCCUCUCUCGUCAUCGUCGUCAGUUUUGUCUAAAGAUACGAUGGCUGACGAAAUAUCUACAAGAGCGAGGAGCUCGACAACUUGGCCACUUGCUGCUAUUUUCCGCUCCUCUCCCAUCGCCGCGGAAAAGCGCCAGUCACGCCCGAGGUCGCGGUUUCAAAUCCCGCCCACUUCUGAACGGCGCGGGUUGGCGUCCAGCCACGUGUUCUCCUCUUGGCACGACUCGUCUGCUCUUUCUUCUCGAUUAGCAGCAGAAUUACUCCCUCCCAGCUCAACACCCCCGCUUCGCAAGGCUUCUCGAGUGGUUCAUGGGUCACCAGUCCGAGAAGAAGAUGGAGAGGAGGAGGAGGAGAAGGAGGAGAAGCGACAGGUAGAGGAGACGAGAGGAGGUAGAGAAGAAGGGGGAGGUGGAGGAGAUACGCCAGAGCCGACUUCGCUUAAGCCAAGGCAGUUAACGACUAUGGUGACAAAGAAGAAGAAGGAUGGACCUACUCUUAGGAAAGAGAAGCAGCAGCAGCAGCAGCAGCAGCAGGAGGAAAAACAGCAAAACCAGCGAAAGAAGAUAAAGGAGGGGGAGGAGGAGCUUUCGAUACUGAACAGUGCAUCAGAGAUUGUGACGACAGCCAGCAUCGGUUCUCUAGAAUCGCCCCUUCCCGCAGAUGCGCCUUGGUCCGGUUCUCCCAUCGACGAGCUUGCCCUCUUUGGUUCGGUGGAGUCCCCAUUUCCCGAGCCUGUAGAUGCUCCAGCUCCUACCUCCGAGGCUCCUGAGGAGAGUAUGAGCACGAUCUUUAAUGAGACCGAUACAAGCUUUAAUGAGACAUUCAUUGCUGACUUGUUUAACGACGGCAGCGAAGCUUUAGCUCUGCCACCGAUGGGACAGGACAGUGAGGAUAUUCCGGUGGAUGACGAGGACGAGGAGUAUGACGCAUGGUUGGCGGACUCACCUUUGCCAUCCCUGCUUCCUCCGCCGACACCACCGCAACCGAUCUUGCCACCAAGCCCAUCCCCGCCUCCUCCUCCUCCACCGAGAGCGGACUUUCCCCCGCCUCCAACUUCAGGUCCCACACCUGCGCCCGCGCCUUCCCCGCCUCCAUCCCCGCCGCCGCCGUCUCCGCCGCCUCCCAAUGAUGUCGGCUCAUUUGCAUUCAAGUCGGAUCCUCCCCCAAAGAGCACUUUGCUGGUCCGGCCGGAUGAUCCUGACUGUAUUGACCUGUACACUGGUCUGAAACCGCCGUUUACACUGUCCGCACCCGGAGAUGCAAUGACGGUCACGCCAUUGACGACAAUGAUUCAGCAAAUUGCCGAUACCCCCCCGGGUAUGGAUUUGAAAAAAGCUGAGAAUUUGCUGAAGAAAGUCCUCAAGUUUCCUUCAAAGGCUCCGUUAACAAAACUAGAUCCGCUUGCGGGUUUUGCUGGUGGAGAGCCCGGAGCAGCCGGAAUGGUGACAAACAUGACCGCAAUAGCAAAUGGGGUAGCGCAGGUGGGUACCAACUACAGACCGUGAAUAAACUGGCGUGGUACCGGGUAAUUGUGAUUGUGUGUUCAUGAGCUAAGGAAACCUGAAGAUGCGAUUGAGAUUGUUGUAUUAGUGACAUUGGAUGGCGCGGGUGCGGCCCACGUGCAUUGUUUUUGCUGUGGGAUGCAUGCGCCUUCCAAUGUCACCGGCCUUUCUUGGCGUGGCCAACAAAAAGUUCGCCAACGG